AUGUCCGCACCCCGCCGCAAAGCCGUCCCCCAGCCUCACGGCCGCUCGCACUCCCAGCCCGUCGCCCGCCCCGGAGGCCACCCUCACCCUCACCCUCCAGUCCCAGCGCACCUCCGACCCGGUCCAUCUCAACCGCGCGCACCACCCCAGAUGUCCUACCACCCCUCGCAGCAAAUGCCCCGAGGCGGCCACGGCUCAUCACGCCCUCACUCCCUCCCCCACGCGCACUCCGCCCCAGCACAAACGCGCCACCUCUCACACCUCCAGCAAACCCAACAGCAGCACAGUCACCAACUAAAGCAACACAGCGCCCAAAUCUCCUCAACGAACAAAACCCUGCAAGCCCAAUCAAAAGCCACCCAAAAACAAAACGCCGCGAACGCGAAACAAUUCGCCGCGCAGCACAAAGCCCUACACGCACACUCGGCCCAGCAACAAAAAGAAUUCGACAAGCGCGCCGCCGAGCAAGCAAAGCACUUCGAGAAGCAGCAGGCGGCCCUGAACGCGCAGUACGCGCGUGACCGCGCGGCCAUGGGCGCCGAAAUGGCCGAGAUGCGGCGCGUCGAGGGCCAGCGGCAGUUUGAGUAUGAGCGGGCGAUGUGGUAUCAGCAGCAAGAAGCUGAAGCUCGGGCGGAGGAGGAACGCAGGGAUCGGAAUAAGGCGCUUGCUGGUGUUGCGGCGGGGGCGGCGCUGGGUGCGGCUGCGGGUGCUGCUGCCGGGGUUGCGUGGGAGAGGGAGAGGUGGGAGGAGGAGGAGAGGAUGAGACUGCAGGCUGAAGCCGAGGCUGAGGCUGAAGCUGAGCGGCAGCAGGAGGAAGAGUCGAGUGAUGAUGGGCGGUACCCGUCGGACGAUGAAGAUAAUGGCAAUGGGUAUCAGAGCUCCGAGCAUGGGAAUGAGUAUGAUAACUCGCCCUAUGCGGGGAAUGGUGGGUAUGAGGAGCAGCAGCCGUAUAGGUCCCCUGAGUCGAUGACGCCGGAUCGGGGGAGGAAUGAUGAUGAUGACUGCUGCGGUGGGUGUGGUUGUGAUGAUUGUUGCGGUGACUGCUGUGGGGGUGGGAAUGGGAAUGAUGAUGAUUGCUGUUGCUGCUGA